AUGAGCAGCCCUAAGCGGAGGAUAGAGACGGAUGUCAUGAAGCUGAUGAUGAGCGACUAUGAGGUGACACUGGUCAACGACAAUAUGCAGGAAUUCUACGUCAUCUUCAAAGGGCCUUCGGAAACACCCUUUGCUGAGGGCAAAUGGAAAGUUCACGUCGAACUGCCGGAUCAAUAUCCUUACAAAUCACCUUCCAUCGGCUUUGUCAACAAGAUCUUCCACCCAAACAUCGACGAAGGGUCGGGAUCGGUAUGCUUGGACGUCAUCAACCAGACAUGGUCACCCAUGUUUGAUAUGAUCAAUAUCUUUGAAGUCUUCUUGCCUCAGCUCCUGCGAUACCCCAACCCUACCGAUCCCUUGAACGGAGAAGCAGCUGCACUGUUGAUGAGGGAGCCUCGAAGCUACGAUGCUAGGGUUAAAGAGUACAUUGCUCAGUAUGCUACGAACAUCCACGACGAUCAUGACGAAGACGAGCACGAGACGGACGGAGAGUUGAGCGAGGUGGAAGAUUUCGACAGUGAUGGGGAGGAUGAGCCUGCUGGUGCAAUGGAGGAUGUAUGA